UAAUAUUUAGAUGUUAGCUUCUGUCAUCUGAUCACUGCUAUAGGACCUUUCAUCCUAAAGUUCAUACAAAAAUUUAAAAAAAUUUUUUCAAGAAAUGGCAGGGGACCAUUUUCUCAUAUGCAUAGAUUUAGGUUGUAAUUAAUUUUUGUGAUACUGUUUUUAAAAAGUGUCAUAUUGACAGGGUAGACUCUUUGGCCCAGUGCUAAAACAACAUGUGUAAGCCUGAAUGAGAGAGAUCGGGCUGUGUUUGUUGCGUUAUGAGACGUAAAGAAAAAUGAUUUCAAAACCAGCCGCCGCCUCUAAAAGAGAAAAAGCGAGUUUGGCUGAUAAUGCCUGGCCACGGGGUUGCCAACAUGGUAACUGUUAGGCAGAGAGUUUUGUUCAUUGUGGUCAGAUGUGUGGUUCAGGAUUCCUGCACACAGACUGCUACCGUGAGCCAUUCCCUUUUUCUGAGUUUCCCUUUAUUUAUGAUCUUAAAUGUCAAAACAGGGCACAGAUUUGACUUAUUGUCAGAUUGGUCUCUUUGACCAAUCUGUAAUCACCUUAAUUGUGAAACUCUGCUCCCAUUAGAGGCAUAGUCCUGUUCUUAGGGGGGAGAACUGGAUCAGGACAGAGGAAGCAAGUUCUGUUCAACUCCAGGAACACUUAAUUGCCUGCCUGUUGCAUACCAACAGGUCGUGGUGGGUGAGGGUGAGUACCGCAGGAUUCUUACCCUGCAGGAGGAGCUAACAGACAUACUAAGGGAUGAUUACAGCCCAGUGUAUCGAGCAUUGUGAGCUUUAUAGGUUGGUGACCCUGGGGUAACACCUGACACUCGGGGGUGCAGAGAAUCCAAGAAGACCUCUGGAAGGUUAGGAUCUGGAAGGAUCCUGCAAGGUAAAUGAAUUCCAGGAGAGGAAAAGAAGGGAUCCAGAAAGAGGGCACCAGGCAGCUUCCUAUUUCUAGCGUUGCUAUUUCUGGGUGAAGUAAUAUCUGUAAAGCAGGAGUAAGAACUGGUGUUCUCUGGUUGCCAAUUCUAGUUUUCAUGUACAUGGUUCUUAAUUUAAUCCUUGACGUUCAUUCAUUCAUCAGGCCACAUUCAGUAGAUGCUUGUUGAGCACCCACUGCAUCCUGGGGGAACAGUGGAAUCUAAGCCGUGGAAGGCCCCUUCUCUCCUGGAGCCUGCAUUCUGUCAUCUUCUGUGAAUGAUGGGGGCUCUUCGGAAGUGCCUAGAAACAUGGGGGCGUGUCUGCUGGGUUGUUCCUCAAUCUCAGGAACCUUUUCUGCAAAGUGGUCUUAGGACUCUCAGGUCAGCUUCUCCCUCCUAGGAAGGGAGGCAGAACCUAACGUUCUCAUCUGCAUCUUAUAAACUUGAAAUAUUUUUUCUGUUCUUUUAACCCCUGCCCCAGCAACCCCUGGAUGCUUUGAGGAACCUCACUGCAGGACAAGUGAAGGUCAGGUGCGCGGUUCCUCGCCCAGCCUCUCCCUGCAGCUGUGCCAUCAGCCCAGGUGCAUGCAAACUGACCCUCAUCCUGCCAGCAAGCAGAGGGGGCAGAAGUGCCUCUCAUAAACUUGAAAUAUUUUGCCAAGACUUACCUGUUAGUUGUAAGAGUCUACAGCCAGACAUGGCUGUGUCUUAUCUGUAGGCUUGCCUUCGGUCUCGUUUUGUAUGCUCUUAGUUUUGACCCUGCUUGUGUUUGAGCUGCUCUGUCCUGUUUAUCGCUUGCUUCCUAGAAUAAUCCAGAUCCGGUAUUCCUGGGAAGUCAGAAUUACUUUGAGGCCACACUGACAUGGUGCUUUGCUUUCUUAAUGCAUCUUACUUAUGGUCUUGUUGAAAUGAUUUAGGGCUACAAACAGAGCAGAAAGUAUUCGGACCAGAAGAAGGUAGCUGUGUGCAUUUGCAACAAUGUAUGCCUUUUGUAGUGGUUCACAUGAUGGAGAUAUGGUUAAAGUAAAUGUGAUAACCUCCCCCUGGUGCUUCAGUUGGAUCCGUGUGGUUGUCACCCCUUGUUAGCAAUUUGCAAUAGACUCCAUAUUUGUCCUUUUGCUUGUAUGAACCCACAGACAUGUAGGUGUUUGUGAAUAUUGAUGUGUGUGCAUGGUAUGUGUAUAUACACAGGUUUGUGUGCACUGAGACGGCCCAGCUGAGGGAUCUUCAGAAAGUGCAUGGAUAAUGUGCAGUUUCACUCCCUCCCAUUCUUCCAUGAGCUUUUUGAAGUCUGGUGUUCCCUUGUGUCCUAGGGAGGCUGCAGUGGAGGCUGCCAUCGAGGGGGAGAGGUUUGAGGCUGGAAGAGCCUGCGUGGUCUCUUCUUGAUUGGGGGCAACGUGACAUUACUCAAUUCAGAGUUCUUGUCACAGUGCUAGGAAUGUCUGGCUGUUAGGAACAGCCAGCGAGGAAACUGUUUCCAGCUGUGUGACAACCCAGAUGACAAAUAUUGCAGAGAAUGGUAUUUGCACAAGGACUCUGCUUCAUCGGGGCUCGGGAGAGGGGGUAGGAGCACUUGGGAGCGUGUAUCUGGUGUCCAGGAGCCUUUUGUUAGGGAAACAAGGCACAGGUGGGCAGGCCACUUCUGGAGUGGAGAAGAUAGGUGCAGUUAUUCAUUAGGGGCAGGUUUCACCGUGGGAGUGGUAGACAGGUGCUCCCCAUAAUCAGCAGAUAAGGAUGGCGCGUUCUUACCAGGGGAGUUCCGCAGCCCGAAGAGAAUUGCCUUUCGUUAAGGGGCUCCUUCGCCUCCUGGACUGUGAUUUGUUGGGGGAAGGAUUAUUGUCAUGUCAAGAAAAUGAGGCAUUCAUUCUGUCCCCCCUAUUUGUUGUGCUUCCACAGAGAACUGCCUGCUUCACUCCCUGAGUAGACACAGGUUCAAAGGCUAGGCCAACAUGACUGACUACUCACUUUCUGAGACCCGCUCCGUUCAGUUCCAGGCAAUGGAUGUCCUGCAGCACUUUGACAUCCUUGCGCUUGCCUAAGGACAUUAAAAUAAAAAAAGAAAAAGAUGGGGCCAGCCCUCUGGCACAGUGAGUUAGCCUCCGGUACCUACAUCCCAUAUGGGCACAGGUUCGAGUCCUGGCUGCUCCACUUCCAAUCCAGCUCCCUGCUAAUGCACCUGGUGGGAAGCAGUGGAGGAUGGCUCAAGAGCUUGGGCCCCUGUACCCACAUAGGAGACCUGGAAGAAGGCCCUGGCUUCAGCCUGGCCCAGACCUGGCUGUUGUGGUCAUCUGGGAAGUGAACCAGUGAAUAGAAGAUCCGCUCGCUCUCUCUCUCUCUCUAACUCUGACUUCCAAAUAAAUCAAAAAAAUCUUUAAAAAAGAAAACAGUCACCAAGAAAGUAUGGUCCCUGUUCUUCAGUAGCUUUGUAAACACAGAGAGACAUGGACACAAAUGACUCAGAUUGGGCAGACAGUGAUAAAUACUGUAAACCCAAGUUUACACAAAGGGCUGUCUGUGUCACCGAGGCUGGAUGGCAAGCCCAAGUCUGUGUUAGAGUGGAGGGAUGAUUUGUAGCAGGAUGCUGUCCUCAGAGGACCAGCCAUAAGAGAAACUCUUCACAUGCAGAGGGGUAACAAGGAAGGCCCAGGGUGCUGCUGGUGCACACUUUCUCCUAGCAUGACUACCAUCUGAUCAGCAGGCACAAGAAUUGGACACCCCUGUCUGACACUGGAGUGCUGGGCCAACCACCGCCCUCUGGAGAGCAGCCAUGGCUGCUGCCUCUACUUCCACCCCUGUAAUUUCACAGCCCCAGUUCACAGCCAUGAACGAACCCCAGUGCUUCUACAAUGAGUCCAUUGCCUUCUUUUAUAACCGGAGUGGAAAGUACCUUGCCACAGAAUGGAACACAGUGAGCAAGCUGGUGAUGGGACUUGGAAUUACGGUCUGUAUCUUCAUCAUGUUGGCCAACCUACUGGUCAUGGUGGCAAUCUACGUCAACCGCCGCUUCCAUUUUCCUAUUUAUUACUUAAUGGCUAAUCUGGCCGCUGCAGACUUCUUUGCAGGGUUGGCCUACUUCUACUUGAUGUUCAACACAGGACCCAAUACGCGGAGACUGACGGUUAGCACGUGGCUCCUCCGUCAGGGCCUCAUUGACACUAGCCUGACAGCGUCGGUGGCCAACUUGCUGGCCAUUGCAAUUGAGAGGCACAUCACAGUUUUCCGCAUGCAGCUGCACACACGGAUGAGCAACCGGCGCGUGGUAGUGGUCAUCGUGGUUAUUUGGACUAUGGCCAUCAUCAUGGGUGCUAUCCCCAGUGUGGGCUGGAACUGUAUCUGUGAUAUUGAGCACUGCUCCAACAUGGCACCCCUCUACAGUGAAUCCUACUUAGUCUUCUGGGCCAUUUUCAACCUGGUGACCUUUGUGGUCAUGGUGGUUCUCUACGCUCACAUCUUUGGCUAUGUUCGCCAGAGGACUAUGAGGAUGUCCCGACAUAGUUCUGGACCCCGGAGGAAUCGGGACACCAUGAUGAGUCUUCUGAAGACAGUGGUCAUUGUGCUUGGUGCCUUUAUCAUCUGCUGGACUCCUGGUUUGGUCUUGUUACUGCUCGACGUGUGCUGUCCACAGUGUGACGUUCUGGCCUAUGAGAAAUUUUUUCUUCUCCUUGCUGAAUUCAACUCUGCCAUGAACCCCAUCAUCUACUCCUACCGCGACAAGGAGAUGAGCGCCACCUUCAGGCAGAUCCUCUGUUGCCAGCGCAGCGAGAGUACCAGCGGCCCGGCCGAAGGCUCAGACCGCUCUGCCUCCUCCCUCAACCACACCAUCUUGGCCGGGGUCCACAGCGAUGACCACUCCGUGGUGUAGGAAGCGAACUGAGACGAAGAGCCGGCCGUCCUCUUCAGAUGGACGAACAGCCUCUCCCACUUCCCUGCCAGGGCAAGGUGGCGGAGUGGCGAGGAGCGAGCAAGCUCAUGUACUUAAACACUAACCAAUGGCAGUAUUUGUUCCCAGCCCCCACAAGACUUGAUGUGUUGAAGAUUAGCUUAUGUGACAACCCUCGUCCCGGGCUCCCUCCCUUCCGAAAGUGGAAAAUGGAGUUCUUGCAAUGGAUUCAGGAACAGACUCUGGAGUAUCCAUCUAGACUACACUAACUAGACUUGAAAUGGUUUUGUGUGCUUUGGUGCAAGUCAGAAUAAAUUCUGACAAGUUGAAUCCACAACUUCAUUUACAUACAGGCUUCCUUUUUUAUUUUUAAAGGAUACAUUUCAUUUAAUAAACAUAUUUAUGCCUAUCAGCAUGUCCGUGAUGCUAUAGCCUAUAGACUGUUGUUAAACUACCGUAAUUUCAUUUUUUCCUUAUGUAGGAAAACUGUAAAUUAGAAUGGUUUUCUGUUUAGAAGGCAUACAUGUAAUGUGUAUAUGCAGUAUGCUUUACUUAAAAAGAUAAUAGGGUACUAAUUUUAAAUCUUUUAAGAAAUAGAAGAACCUAGAUGUCAAAGCCAGUAUUUGUGUAGGUUAUGAAGCAAAUAUUGCUCUAAUCACGAUAUUACCUUUUUAUUCAAGUGUUGUAACAAGUAUAAAAUAAACAGGGAAUGUAAUUUGUUACCAAAAGAAUUUGUAUUCUUAAAAAUGUAGUAGAAGAUGGAGCACAGUAAUAUUGUUCCUACGUAUUGAAAAUACCCAAAUGCAUUCUAAUUGGAGCACUUCAUGAGCCUAAUACUCCCAGAAACCUACGGGACAUCAGAGGAAAUUUUUUAACACCCUGUUUCUGAAUUAAUAAAUUCAUACAUGGUAGAAAACUUGGAGAACACAGGAAUGUAUAAAAUUGAUUUCCAAAUAAUAUCACAACCCAGAAGUAACCACCUUUAACAGCUUCUCUCCCAUAUAUGUCUAUGUGUAUAUCAUAUACAAUUUUUUGUAUACGUGGGAUCAUAUCAUAAACCGUUUUAAAACAAGUUUGUCUUUUCACUGAAGAAUUGCCACAUUUUCCUAUGGCAUUAAAAUUUUUACAAAAACAUGAUUUUAAUGGCUCCAUAAUAUUCCAUUUAAUGGAUACAACCCUAUUCAUGUAACCGUUCCCAUGUAUUGUUGACUAUUUAGGUUAUUUCUAAUUUUCACUAAAGCUGCAAAAAGUUUGUGUACAUAAAAAUUUGUCCAUGUCAUUGAUUGUUUACUUAGGUCAUAUUCCCAUGAAGGAUUUUUUUUUUAAAUGUGAAAUGUCUUCUUAAGCUUUUUACCUUUUAUCAAAAGGGAUUUCCCGCUUUUGCACUCAUGGUUGGCAGUUGUGAGGAAAGCCAGUUAAAUUACCUUUUUAACAAAGGAAAUGCAGCGGUUACUUUAGUUGAAAGUGACUCUUUAAUAAAACAAGAUGGACUAGAAAUAGUCAGCUGUCAUAAUAACCAAGACCCCCUACUGCAUCUAGCAAUUCCAAAUUUCAUGUGAGGGACCAGUUAUCCAGUUCUUGGUUACCACAAGAGUAAUACAGAAUUGUAGAAGAUGUAAAGACAUUGAACAUGCCAAGUAGAAAAAGGAUUGGUGUGAUAAAUGGCUUGGGUGUUUCAGUAGCUGGAGGGGUUGAGUAAGUCAGUGUGUAACAGGCUACUGUGUGUUCCCCCAGGAAGUACUCUUGAGAGACUGGCACCAUGAGAGGUGAUGCCUGUUUAAUGCAUGGUCCAGGUAGAUCAGUGAUUGCUUGUAUCCAGGAAGGGGCAGUCUUGAAGCAGGUUUGGGGAGGUCAGAAGGAUGUCGGAGAGAAAGAAACCAGGAAGAAGAAUGACUGGCUGUCUAGAAAGGAAGCUGGUGCAUGGUUCGCGAUUGAGCAGGGGGCAGACUUGCCAAGAGCCCACGGUGGAGAGAAUGGGGAACUGGGUGGUGAAAAGAUGUUUGUGCAUGCUUUCUACAAAACACUGAACGCGCUGUGUUGGACGUGACAGAAAUGAACCUGGACUCUUGCUGAUGUGCAUAGUUUCUGGGGGCGAUGUGAACUAUUUGAAAUUAAGAGCAUACUGAAUGGACCUUAAUAAAUCAUUGUCAAUCAGUGUUUAAUAA